CCCUUCUCUCGUUUUGGGACCUUCCACCCAGUUCACCGAACAACCCAUCUCUCCAGUCUCUUCGGCAGGCCCUUACUCGAAUAAUACCCCUGUCCCUGUUACUGCUUCUCCCGACACUAGCCCUGCUGAAGAGGUAAAUGAAGCUGCGGAUCAGCUUCAGGGCUCAAGCCAUGGCAAGCCCACGCAAGCGCCACCGAAUUUGGUUCCAUCUACGCCGGACGAGCAGCUUCGCCUAGAGGAGGCACAGUCACUCCAGCAAAGCACCGUCACCGCGAGCAAGUCAAUUGGCGAUGGCAAUAAUGGUGGUUACCCUUCAUCAAACGAAGUUAUCCAAGAAAAUGUUGUCCCGCCAAUUGCCGCCGAAGACCAAAUGACAGAUGUACAGGAAUUGGCACCACCAUCUACUGCGGCUGAAUCGAAAAAGACUGAUGAGGCGGUUGAAGCGCAAGCGACAGAGCCUGUUACUCCAGCGCAAGCACAUCCGGAGCAGACUAUUCCCUCUGUUGAGACAGCCACUAAAGCAACGCCUUCGACUCCUACAGUAGUCAAGAAACCUCAAGCAGCUCCUGUCCAAACUGGGCCAACGCAACCUGAGAGGAUGACCACAAGAGUAUCCUCCGGGGCCAUUCGCCAUAAAUCAGUUUCUGAGAUCCUCGGGGAGACGCCGAAACCGCUCCCACACACUGAGAAAACCCAUGCUGAGAAGCCUGCAGAACCGACGAGGGCUGCAUCUGUUGAUAAAGGCCAGCCCGAGUCCCCAGCAAGGAUGCGCUUCAAGGACAGAAAAGAGCGAGAAAAAGAAAGAACCAAGCUCUCCACGGUUGUUUUUCCUAAGCAACAGCAGCAACAGCAGGAAAAGAACGAUCUCAUGGACAUGGUCCGCCAGAAUGCUGGUGAUCUAGUCAGGCUAAACGACGAGCAAGAUUAUCUCUUCACUUUGUUCCAAAACAAGGCCUACGCACCUCCGCGGGGAACGAACCUCAACACACUUCUUGCUUCGGCUCACAAGACCUUGAAUACCGAGAAUCAUCUUCUGGAAUACCAGGAGCAGAUGGAUUGCCGUACACUCCGCCGCAUCUAUGCAUUGCAGAACGCGAACAGGUGGCCUCUUCGUCAGUUGAAGCGCUCGGUCGAGCCUCCUCGGCAGGGGACUCACUGGGAUGUACUUCUGGAUCAUAUGAAAUGGAUGCGUACGGACUUCCGAGAAGAACGAAAAUGGAAGAUCGCAGCGGCGAAAAGCUGUGCAGAUUGGUGUGCGGAGUAUGUCAAUAGUGAUGAAGACCACCGGGCAUUACUUCGUGUACCCGUCAAGGUUCCUUCACCAAAAGCUCAAUCAGCCAACGAUCAAAAGAUGAACAUGAUUUCACCCCCAGAAGAAUUGGGCGAUGAAACGAUGGGGGUUUCUCACCCUACCCCAGAUCUCGUACCUUCAACUGAAGACGAUUCAAUGAGCGAUGGAUUUAAUGAUGAACCCCGUCAUGAUUUGCGUGAUACGGUUGCUCCGGCUGCUAUCUUCUCUCUUGGGUCAGAUGAGUUCACGUUCUCACUUGACAUGACCCCUGUUGCAGAAAAGCUGCUCGACGAACUGCCAAUAUAUUCCCCUGUUACAAUCGCCCCGGACACAAACAUGCCGACAUUCAAAGAACCCCCAGAUUCUGCAUGGAAAACGGAGAUUCUUCCCGUCUCGAAGUACGCCUUCGGCAAGAUUAGUUUCCAUGACGGCGAACCGGCGAGGAAGCGUAGCCGAUAUGAUUACUCACAAUAUGAGCCUGAGCCGGAACAGCAAAUUUUGGAUCUUCCGCCUGAACAGACUAAUGUCGCACUCUUCCGGCCGGAGAAUAAGCAUAUUCGUGACCGAAUUCAUCCAGGGCAUUCUUUCAGACCCCCAACAGAACAUCCGAUGCCGUCCAUUGGCUUUUUCGAGUCAAGGCAAUCGUCUCAGUGGACGUAUUUGGAAGAUGACGAGCUACGGCGCCUGGUAAAGGAUUAUUCGUACAACUGGUCCCUCAUAUCCAGCUGCCUUACACCGUCGUCACAAUUCACCUCUGGUGCGGAGAGACGUACUCCCUGGGAAUGUUUUGAGCGUUGGAUUGGGUUGGAAGGACUGCCCGCAGACAUGUCGAAAACCCAGUACUUCCGAGCUUAUCACCAAAGGCUGGAAACGGCUCAACGCACUGUGCUGGCACAACAACAAGCUGCCCAACAGCAGCAACAACAACAGCAGCAGCAGCAGCAGCAGUCGCAACAGGGUAACAACCCUCAGCCCCAGCCGCCAGUUCGCCGAAGGACAACCCAACCUGUGCGAGUUGACCGGAGAAGAUCUUCUAAGCAUCUUGCAUUACUUGAUGCUAUGCGGAAACUGGCUAAGAAGCGAGAGACAAUGCUCCAGAAACAGCAGCAUGGUAAGCACCGAAACUGGCUAUCACAAAUUCGCCAAUUGACUGACAAUCUACGUAGCUUCUCACUUGGCUUCUCUGAGGAAAGCCAACGAGGCCACCCAGCCAAAACCGCCAAUUUCGUCUCCCGCUGAAUUCAGUCGGCUCAAGUACGACCGGGAAAUGAAACUGCAGGAGAGGCAGGAGCAGUACCGACAGCAGAUGAUUGCUCAACAAAGG